UGACAGGUACUAUUUCACGGAAGCGCUCACAAGUGGGUCUAUUGCCUUCGCUACUCCUUUAAACCUUUUUACUUUUAAUAUCAGAGGGUUCUCUACUUUUUGUUAAUUUACCAUUACUUUAUCCAGAGAGUUGGUUGAGCUGACAUAAACAAUUUCACCUCUUUAAAAAAAAUGCCGUUCUUUCUAUCCCAUUUCCCAUCCAUUUCUUGUUCUACCUUAGCUCUGGUAGGUGUGUCUCAUGUGAUUGCAAAUAACUUAGAGUGUUAAUUUGUUAAAGUUCUAACCAUUGUUUUUCAUUUUAUAUUUAUAUCUAAGAAUUGAAGUAGGUUACUCAAAUGGACAAUUUUUUUUAAACAUCCCAUUUUUAAAAACAACUUUUUUCCUUUUUACUAGUUCUAACUUUUCUACCUUUUUGGUUUGGAGUGGCCUUCAGCCCUUAAGGGGGUGUCUACAUCUGGAUUUAGAUAGUGGAGUUUUUUUACAAUAUUUUUUAAAAUUAAGUCCUGUUCUGUACAGCAUCAAAAUGCUGAAUUCAAUUUUUUUUCUGUGCGUGGGAGUCUUAUUUGUGGCACUUGUUGAGAGUCGAAUGCUGGACAAAUGCAUGAAAUCAAAACCCAAAUACACAAUGAACGUUGUACUUUUGGAGGAUCAAACUUCAGACUGGAGCCUUAGGCUUGUAAAGGUUGCAGUGUUGCAAGCAAUUGAAGCGGACCGGCAACUGAACAUUGCAGCAGGUUUGAACACCAAAUUAACGGCUAAUUUCAAUGGGUUCAACACCACACUGUACAAACGAAGAGGCUGUGGGAGCAGCACCUGUGAGGGAGUGGAGAUACUCAAGUCCCUGCAUACUAAAGGUGAGGUGGGAUGUGCCAUGCUGGGACCCUCCUGUACAUUUGCCACUUUCUUUAUGGUGGACGUGGAGAUAGGCCUGACMCUGACUAUCCCCAUCAUCUCCGCCGGGAGCUUCGGUCUGUCCUGUGACUACAAGGCCAACCUGAGCCGCCUGCUGCCCCCGGCACGCAAGAUCUCCAACUUCUUUGUCCACUUCUGGAACUUCACCAGACAUGGUCUGAAGAUGCACUGGGGGAGCGCUUAUGUCUACAAGAAGGCAGACCAAACUGAAGACUGUUUUUGGUACAUCAAUGCUCUGGAGGCACCUUCGGUCCAGUUUGCUAUGUCAAUCUCAAGAGAGAUGCUACGCAGCAAGAAAGAGCUAAAGAAAGCUAUUCAGUCUGAAAACAGACACAGCAACGUAUUCAUCCUCUGUGGAACCCCAGAUGACAUCACCACUAUAAAGAACGAAACAACGAUUCCCCCAGAAAUUGUCUUCAUCCUCAUCGAUAUCUAUAAGCAAGGUGAGCACCAGAACAUUGUCCAUGCUUGGUACAAAACCCUGUUUGUGUUUGAUACGUCCAUAAAUGAGACCAGAGUGGAGGACAGCACCCCCUCACUGCCCUGGCCCGGGUCUCAACUCCCAGAUGACAAGCCAAUCAACCCUAACGAUCUGAAGACAGAGGAUAUCAUUGUGAUCGUCCUGAGUGUCAGUGUUGUGGUGGUGACUGCCAUCGCUCUGAUCUUCUACAGGUCAAAUAUGCACCACACCAACCUCCGAGAGAGAGUUGACAAGCUCCUGCGUAUUGACUACUACAACCUGACCAAGUUCUAUGGCACGGUGAAGUUUGAGUAUGGCCUGUUUGGAGUGUUUGAAUACUGUGAGAGGGGAUCCCUGAGGUAUGUCCUUAAUGACACAAUCUCCUAUCCUGAAAAGACCUUCAUGGACUUGGAAUUCAAGAUAUCAGUCAUGUAUGACAUAGCUAAGGGCAUGUCCUACCUCCACUCCAGCAACAUUGAGGUCCAUGGCCGACUGAAGUCCUCAAACUGUGUGGUGGACAACCGCAUGGUGGUCAAAAUCACAGACUUUGGCUGCAACACCAUCCUCAACCCCUGCAAAGACUUGUGGACGGCUCCAGAACACCUCCGGAAGCAGGGGAUCUCCCAGAAGGGGGACGUCUACAGCUUUGCCAUCAUCGCUCAGGAGAUCAUACUGAGGAAGAACCCCUUCUUCACCCAGGCCUGCUCCGACAUCGCAGAGAAGCUGUACAUGGUGCAGUACCCAUGUCAAACUGGCUUCUUCAGGCCAGAUCUGAACUUUGAGACAGCAGCAGAAAACGAGGCGGAGCUUUACAUGCUGAUAAAGAACUGCUGGGAAGAGGACCCGGAGAGGAGGCCAGACUUCAAGAAAAUAGAGGGAUCUCUGGGUAAGAUAUUCAGCAACCUGCACAACCAGGCUAAUGAGAGCUACAUGGACAACCUGAUCCGUCGGCUGCAGAUGUACUCCARGAACCUGGAGCACCUGGUGGAGGAGAGAACCUCUCUGUACAAGGCUGAGAGGGACAGGGCUGACAGACUCAACUUCCUGCUCCUGCCAGCCCCAGUGGUGCGUUCCCUGAAGGAGACGGGCAGUGUGGAGCCAGAGCUGUUUGAUGAGGUGACGGUCUACUUCAGCGACAUCGUGGGCUUCACCACCCUGUGCCAGUACAGCACGCCCAUGGAGGUGGUGGACAUGCUCAACGACAUCUACAAGAACUUUGACAGGAUCCUGGACCACCAUGAUGUAUACAAGGUGGAGACGAUCGGUGAUGCGUACAUGGUGGCGUCAGGGUUGCCGCGGCGCAAUGGCAACCGGCACGCAGUGGACAUCGCCCACAUGGCCCUGGACAUCCUAGCUUUCGUAGGGACCUUCCAGCUCCAACACCUACCGGGCAUACCCCUGUGGAUCCGCAUCGGGGUGCACUCAGGGCCGUGUGCGGCGGGUGUGGUGGGGAACAAGAUGCCACGUUACUGUCUGUUUGGAGACACAGUCAACACUGCCUCACGCAUGGAGUCCGCAGGCCUGCCACUAAGAAUCCAUGUCAGCCAGCCCACCAUAAACAUCCUCCAACGGACAGACUGCAAGUUUGAGUAUGAGCAGAGAGGAGAGACCUUUCUGAAGGGUAAAGGCAAUGAGAUGACAUACUGGUUAACAGGGGUGACGGGGACAGAAUACAACCUGCCAACGCCCCCGACAGCGGAGAACUUCCAGAGGCUACAGCAGGAUCUGUCUGAGAUGAUCGUGUCCAGCCUGGAGAACAGAGGGCCGGGGACCAACGGCAUGGAGAAGAGGAAGACCCUCUCCACCAGAGUCAGGAGGAGGGAGACCAAUGGGAGCCAGGAGGACGGCCUGCCAGAGUACCUACACCUGGCCAUCACAGACAUUCCCAGCACCUACCUGUAGCCACCCAGGACCAGACUGCCUCCUGUGGAGAUACAGCGCUACUACACGCUGUCAAACGAUGACAGUGGAGUCAAGUAGUCUUAUAUUCACCUCAUACAAUAGCUACAGUAAUGCCUUAUACAUAGGAAACCUGACUAUUUUACAAUUAAUUUCUGGGUAAAAGACAUGGUUUUCUGGUUUGAGAUAAAGGUUAUUUUGGGUCACAUGAGCAAAAUGUGUGGAGACUUUCCAUAAAUAGUCUGUAAUGGAGAUGCUUUAGGAAAACCUGAACCAGUAAACCAAGGAACAGGAUGGUACUCCUCUACUUUAAGAAGCCCCUGAAUGAAAAAGAACUUACCACUUAAGGUCUUGAAUUGUGUGAAAGAUAAAUUUGGUCGCUUUGUUAUAAUUAAUGGUACUUUACAAGGGCAGAACAUCUCCAUAAUGAAUAUUUACUUCCCCCCUGCCCACCCCCCUGAUUUCCUCACUAAGGUAUUUCUAGACUUUUCAGAAUUAAACUCAGACACUGCAGUGGUUGGAGGAGAUUUUAAUUGUUUGUUGAACCCCCUUAUUGAUAAGUUUCCCAGCGGUAUAGCUUCACUCUCUCCUCGAGCUAAGUCACUUAAAGCUAUUUGUGAUGAUCUGGGGUAUGCUGAUGU